AUGUCGGAAACCGUCGAGGAGCGCGAAGGCCAACUUGAACGCCAUGCGUCUGCAGAGAUUAAAAGCAAAUCGAUUGCGAUGCAAACCCCAGAAGAACAUUCUAGGCGACUUCAAAACCUCAAGGCAAAGAGAUUUAUGGAAUCCCCAGAGCAACAUCGAGCUCGAUUGGACAGUCUUCAAGCAAAGCGGCAGCUGGAGUUACCUGAAGAUCGUGACGUUCGAUUGACUGCAUUGAAAGCUCAAUACUCAGCUCAAACUGCGGAGGCGCGAUCAAGUCGUUUGGGGUACCUUAAGGCGCAACGAAAGGCUUUGCAUGUGUUUGAAAGCGUCGAAGAACGGAAGAGCCGACUUGAACGCCGGCGACAAGGGCUUCAUCGCGUUCAAGAAGCCAAGAUCAACGAUGUAACUGCCUCGGAAGCGCAAUGUGCCGCACUGGACGACGCUGGCUUGCUCCAUGAAUGCUCCAAGGACAUGAAGUCCAAAAUCCUGGGUGAAUUGGGAUUUGCCCUUGGCCCCUCUGGAAUAGAUCAAUGUGUGUGCUGUGUGUGCGAUCGUUUGGCAUUUACAACUGAUGUCCAUGUGUACUCAAACGAAGAUAAGGACAUCCUGCAAUCCAUGGCAGCCCGCUUGCGAAAUCCUGACGCCACAUUGCGCGAUGAGUUGGUCGCGUAUUACGAUUGCAAGGACAUAUAUCCUGCCUUUGUUGGUUUGAUGCUCUCGCGCAAAGGCAUCACGCAUGCUGGCAAUGUCAACAACAUCGAAAAUCCGAAGGAUGUCGACUUCAACGUUUGCUUGGAGUGUGAAAUCGUCCUCCUUCAGCCUUGGCUAAGUGAACUGCCACGUCACUACGUGUUUCCGGGCGAGCCAGUGGAUAGCGAGCGUGACAUCGACCAUGAAUUUGAUGACCACAACGAACAUGCAAUUGCAUAUGCUGAUCAAGAGGCCUGUCUGUAUGACGAUCCCAUCGAAGACAAUGAUGGAAGUUCCAUAGAUGCGUUGGCAGAAGUGGAAUUUCCUGAUUUCUCGGAGAUUCCUGUUGAAUCAUGGCCCUUGCCCCCCAAGCACGCCAUUGCAAACCACUUCUUCGUUGGUGAGCUGCCCGACGAACUCUUCAAGGCCACAUGGGCUGAGAUGUUAAUGUGUUCCCUGGUGAGUGUUGUGGCUCAGACACGCAUCAUCCGUGGAGGCGAGCACCGAAUGAUCCGUUCCCACUUGAUCCUGUUCGACGCGGACAAUGCCAGUAUUCAUAGUUCACAUGCAACGAAAGCAUUUUUGGAGAUGUCUUGCCUUGGCCGGCAUUAUCACCGGACUUGA